CACAGUGCUCUAGUUGUAGCUUUUCUUGUACUUUCCCUUUCCCCACGCAUGGCCAGAGGCCGACCAAUGAGGAAAGACUUGGGUGUGGGCUUGGGUGGUGGCUUGGGGCUUGGUGUGGGGCUUGGUCUUGACCUAGGAGGGGGCAGUGGCAUAACCUCUGGCUCCGGCGCAGGUUCUGGUUCUGCUUUUGCCUCCAGCUCGGGCUCUGGCUCGGGUUUUGGUGCAUGGUCCGGCCCCGGCGAGGGUUCUUAUGUUUCCUCUGGCCAUGGUGCAGGUCUUGGUUCCGGCUAUGGCUCUGGUUCUGCUAAUGGCGCGAGCUCGGGAGCAGGCUUUGGAGGAGGUUCUUACACUGGACCAAGUGGGGGCACGGCAUUUGGUCAUGCUUCCGGUUCUGCCACCAGCGGGUCUGGUUCUGUAGGGGGAUCUUACGCCGCUCCAAGUGGGGCCUCCCGUUGUGCACCUGGUGCUUCGGGCAGGGGGAGCUCGGCCUCUGGUGCUGGCUCUAGUGGCAGUUCUGGUGCUACCUCUGGCACAAGCUCAGGAGCAAGUUCCGGCGCAUGGUCUGGCUCUAAUGGAGGAUCUUAUGAUGCUUCAAGCAGGGGCUCAGGCUUCGGUUCCAGUUCUAGUUUCGGUUCUACCUCUAACUCCAACUCUGGCGCGGUAUCUGGUGCAUGGGCCGGGUCUGGUGGGGGAUCUUAUGCAGCCUCUGGUGGGAGCUCCCACUCCAGUUCUGGUUCUACUUCUUCCUCUGGUUCGACUUCAGAAGCAGGUUCAGGUGCAUCAUCUAUCAGUGGAGAGGGAUCUUUUUCGGCUUCGGGCAAUGGUGCAGGUUCUGCUUAUGCCUCCGGAUCAAGCUCAGGAGAAGGUGGUGGUGCAGAGUCUGGCUCUGGGGGAGUAUCCUAUGCUGCUUCUGGUGGAGGCUCUCACUUUGAUUCGGAAUCGAGGUCUACUUCGAGCUCAAAUGCAGGUGCAGGAUCAAGUGCAUCUUCUAGUUCUGAAGGAGGAUCUUAUGCUGCUGCUGGAGGGGCCUCGAACUUUCGUUCUACCACAGUCUCUAACUCCAACUCAGGUGCUUGGUCUAGUUCUAAUGGAGGAUCUUAUGCCACCUCAGGAGGAGGAUUGAACUCUGGUUCUUUCUCAGAUUCUAGCUCUUCCUCUAAUUCGGUCUCAGGAGCAGGCUCUGGUGCAUGGUCUGCAUCCAAUGGAGGACCCUAUGCUGCUUCUAAUGGGGGCUCUAAUUUUGGUUCUAAUCCUACCUCUGGUUCAAGCUCUAGAGCGGGGUCUGGUGCAUGGACUGGUUUUGGUGGAGGCUCCAACGCUGCUAUAGGUCAAGGUUUUGGGUAUGGAUUUGGGUCCGAAUCUGGUUUUGCUCAAGCUCGUGGGUAUGGAAGUGGUUCUGGGUACGGCUAUGGAGCUGGCUCUGCGGAAGGGCACGCAGACAUGAAUUGGAGUGGAUCUGGGACGGGACAUGGCCAAGGAUAUGGGUAUGGAUCCGGAUUUGGGUCCCUGGGUGGGCAUCUUUAAUAGGGGUGUUUUUGUAGGCUAAGCUUCAGCCGUUGUACGCCCAUGAAUAAAUCUGGAGCCUACCAUCUUUGGUUGCUUUUAUCUUUUGUUGCACUGAACGUGAGGUUUUCAACUAGUGACCUGCUCUUAUGUUUUCGUCCUGUACUUCUUUUUAUAUUUAAAUAAUUUGCACAGUAUUGUGCACGGUUGACCAA